AUGUUUAAACAAAUAGUUGAAAAAAUAUUAAAAUUAUUAAAAUCAUUCAGUGAUUUACGGCGCUUAUGUUAUUUAUUUAAUUGUUUAACAAAAUUUCAAAUUAUUAACAAUGGUACAAUAAAUAAUCAACAACAUACACAAGAUUAUAUUAAAGAAUUAAAACAUUCAUUAUCAAAUAAUACAUUUAUUGUUGAUGAAAAAUCAUUUGAAAAUUUACCAUGUAAUAUUGAAAUUACAUUUAUAUAUGGAAUAAAUAAUCAUUGUGAAAUAUUAUAUAAACAAGACAAUAUAAAUAUUAAUAAACAAGUUUUAUGUGAUGAAUUUGAAACACAACGGAGUGGAUUUGCCACCAUUAUUAUUUAUAAUCAACAACAGCAACAAUCAAGAACAAUUUGGCAUCGUUUAAAACGUCGAAAUUUAUCAACAUGCCAUCUAUUUGAUGAUAAUGAAGCUAGUCAGUUAGUCGAUGAAGUAUUUAAAUUUAUUGAUCGUUUAUUAAAUGGUACAAUUAAUCUUAAUGAAAUGUCUGAAUUAAAAACAAUCUUUUGUGGGCAAAAUAUACGUAUUAGAGAUGAAGUUAAAAAGUUAUUUACAAAUCGUUCAAUAAGAUUAGCUAAUACACAGCAACAAAAACAUUUAACAAUAACAACAAUAACAAUAAGUGAAAAUCCAAGUGAAGAAGAAAUUAAUCAAGUAUGUGAAUGGUUACAAGUAUAUCAAUAUAGUUGUUAUAUAUCAACAAUUAUAGAUUGUAUUCGAAUGUUUGAUAUAUUAAAAGCAGAUGAUAUUGGUGAUGGUGAUGAUGAAUCAAUAUCAAAUUUAUUAGAUUCAAGUGCAAAUAAUAAUUGUUCAUUAAAAGAAAUUGUUAAAGUUUAUAAAACUUAA